AUGUCAGCUGUGGAGAUGAAGGCCAGAGGCUCGAGGAUCCCCUUGCUGCUAUUGCUGGUGACUGUAGUUGCAAUGGCCAAGGUGACUUACAUCCAAAGGUGGGGGGGCUUCAAGGAUAAGGCCACAAGCACGAAAAACAUGAACUCUACCCUCCAUUUCUUCAUCCAAUUCUACAACAAUGCAAGCAACGACACCUACUUGUUUCGAGUUCAGAAGCUAAUUCAAAGUCAGAUGCAGCUGACUUCAGGAGUGGAGUAUUUCGUCACUGUGAAGAUUGGCAGGACCAAAUGCAAGAAAAACGAGACAAAGAAAGCUUCCUGUCCUCUGCAAAGCAGCAAGAUGAAAAAGAGCCUGAUUUGCACAUCACUGAUAUACACUGUGCCCUGGGCAAACUACUACCAGCUCUGGAACAAUUCUUGCCAGGAUCACAGAGUGUCCAUGUAA